AUCCGCUCGCGCUCAUUUGCGGCUUCGUAAAGAUGGCGUGGAGGUGCACCGUGUCGAAUUUGAGAGUGGUGGCUUCUCGGUGCCUGCACUCUCCGGCCACCUGGCAGCCUCCGCGCCGUAUGGUGCGGAUCGUCUGGCCGCUGCGGAGCCUGAGCACCGGCAGAUCGGCCCUCUCCGCUCGCAAGUUUACAGACAAACAUGAAUGGAUAACAGUUGAGAAUGGAAUUGGUACAGUGGGCAUUAGCAAUUAUGCUCAGGAAGCAUUAGGAGACGUUGUAUAUUGUGGAUUGCCAGAGAUAGGCACAAAGCUGAACCAAUUGGAUGAAUUUGGUGCUCUGGAAAGUGUGAAAGCUGCUAGUGAAUUGUAUUCACCCCUGACUGGAGAGGUAACCGAUGUAAAUAAGGCUCUUGCUGACAAUCCAGGACUAGUCAAUAAAUCCUGCUACGGAGAAGGUUGGCUCAUUAAAAUGACAGUUGAUAAUCCUGCUGAAGUUGAUGAGCUGAUGGAUGAAGAGAGCUAUGAGAAAUUCCUAAAGUCCAUUGAAGACUGAGUCACUCUUCAUUCCUAGCAAUAAAAAUUGCACGUCUGUUCCCGUGUACUUUAGCAGUGAGAGUGAUGGGUUGUGUAUCGAGACUCUUGGCUUAACAAGCAAGAGUAAUUUAUAAGGAAUGCAGUUCAAUGUGAUCCUCUUAAAAGUAGUCAUAAUGGAAAUAGGUGAGAUUUCUAAAAAUGACAAUUAACCUACACAAUCCUCCUGGUUUUACAAUAUCUCAGCAACUGAAAGAUGAGCAAUAUAUUGGCCGUAAAUUUUUAACCAUUCAACUGUAGGUUGUAAUUAACUUCAAAUUUUUAUUUGAUACAAUGCAACUAGUCAAUAAUGUAUAAAGCUGGUCACUAUGGCACUGAAAUCAUGACAAGGUCUGUUUUUGACCAAUGGUAUUAUGGUUAUGUUGUGAAUUUUGUUUUUAUUAUUUUCAGGUUAUUUUGUUCUCUUUAAAGCCAUGAUGUUCACUUUUUAAAUGGCCUCAGCUGUUAUUUUUCUACAGAUUAAACCACAAUUUAAUGGCGGGUGGCUAAUUGGUAAUAAAACUGACAUAACUGGAAAACCCCACGACUGUUGUAUUUUCUGGUUCUACUUGCAUUGUAUAGUUAAUACAAAGUCUACACUUUUUCAUUUUAUAAUGGUAAAUGGUCUUGAUUCAUUCAGUUUCUAUAAUGCAAUACUUCAUAUUUAUAAAGUACCAAUUGAACGUCUGCCAUUUUGAGAUCUGCUAGGGUUUAUAGUGAAUAAUAGAAGCAACAUAAUACAGUGCAGGAGCGAUUACAAUAUGUACACCUACCUUUUUAUUGUGGUUUGUACAUUUGUACCACUUUUCCAUGUUUCUAGAUAAUGAUUUUUGCUUCUCAUUUAGGAUGUCAACGAAGGAGUUUCAUGGGCUGCAGCAUUUAUUUCAGCAUAAAAGGAGUAGGACUAUUCCAUAUUGUAGAGAUGAUUCUGCAGAGUACCCCAGUCAGAAUUUUACUCAUUUGGCAUGUAAAAAUUGAAACAGUUUUUUUUUGUGUGGGUUGAAAGAGGUAUGUGGUGGGUUUGCACAAAUAGGUAGUAAUUUAAACAUAUCGAUAACUCAAAUAUUUUAUUGGAGUAAAGAUAAUUUCUAAUAAAAAUCAAAAAGGUCCAAUCCUGUUUCUGCACAGGGGUUAGGUUAAUUCAACAGUAGCUAAGCAUGUGCCAGCUGUCUACAGGUGGCCAAUGUUUUGUGAGAUUCGUAUUAAUUUGCAGUGGUAAAUAUAUAGGGUAUCCAGUUUUGUUCCACAAGAUAUGUAGUUUCGCGUACAUCAAUGUAUUUGGUUAAUAAAGGACUAAUAAAUUAUGUAAAGUAUUUGUAACUCGGCAAUGUAUUUCUUUGUCGAAAGAAAGGGCAGUGGUGAUUGUACGGAGUAAACUGCAUAUCAGUCUUCAGACAGAAUUGUGUUGUUUUGUAAAUCAAUUCCUUGGCCCAAACACUGAUCUCAAUAGAUAGAAACUGAGUAUCUUGUAGGAUUGUCAAAGUUCCCCUUAAGAAAGAAAUUUUAAAGAAUUUCCACAUCUUCCAAGAUUGCAACAGAAUAUAAAUCCAGGAAUGGACAUUUUUGAAUCUAGAAUUUAAGGAUUGUAUCGGACAAGUAAUGAAAGUCAUUUGUUAAUUAGAAAGAUAUUAUAGUAAAACCUCUAAAAUAAAAUGAAAUACCUGAAGAUUGUAGAUUAAUGUUUUGGGUUAUUUCUAGGACUUCACUGGGCUUCAAGAAAAUGUUUGCAUCGAUUUUUCUUGGAUGGUAACAAGUGUUAAGCUGCAUUUAACCCCAAACAUCCUUGCACAAAUAUCACUCUCAUAAAAUUGAUGUAAGGGACUAAUGAAUUUCAUUACAACUGAAAGAACAAAAGACUAGGCCAUUCAAAUAGAUGAAGGCUGAUCUGCACCUCCACUCCAUUUAGCUGCCUUUGUUCCAUAAACCCUUGUUACUCAACAUAACACAAAUCUAUCAAUUUCAGUCUUGAAAAUUUCAAUUGAUGCAGAACUUAUUGCCAUUUGAAAGAAUAAGUUCCAGAUUUUUUUGUGAAAACUUCAUCCUGAUUUCACUCCUAAGUGGCCUGGCUUUACUUAAAUCUUUUGUUCUUGUUUUUCCCCCACCAAAGAAAAUACCUUUUCUAUGUCUAUCCUAUCAAAUCCCUUUAUCAUCUUAAACCUUUAGAAGAUUCAGGCAUGAUCUCAUGUAAUCUCAGAGAAAUAUAAACUACAUUUAUGCAA